AUGUCUCUCUGGAACUUCACGCUCCUGCUUCUUGGCUGCUGCCUACUACGCUUCGCAAGCGACUCACAGCCAAAGUUCUUGGCUGGCGUUUUGUUCUUCACGGCAACUCUGGGGAUAGCGCUGCAAGAAUUUGAUCUGUCUCUGAUAUCUAGAUGGAUCGGCACUACAGUCUACAUCAUCUUAAACGUAGUUGCGGCCGCUCUAUCGCCGCUCCAGUAUUUCCUGCCCAGGUCAAAACCACGGUCUAAAGUCAACCCUGGCAUCCUCAUCCACCACCCAGAUGUAGAGCAGAAGGUGGAUAUAAGUGUGGACAUCGUAGCAGUGCAUGGGCUGGGAUCGAACCCCGACUGGGCUUGGACCCACGAAGAAACUGGAGCAAUGUGGCUGAAGCACUUCCUACCUAAGGCAUGCCCUAGAGCCCGUAUAAUGGCUUUCAAUCACAACUCUGCGUGGGACAUCAAUGCCCCGGUCAAGUCGGUGGGUGUCUGUGGUCAACAGCUUCUUGAUGCUCUGAAUACAUCUCGUGCGGAAACGGACCGCCCGAUUAUAUUCAUCGGGCAUAGUUUUGGCGGCAUAAUAAUCAAAAAGGCAUUGGUUAUUGCGGGUCAGAAAAAUCUUGAUAGGCGUUACGAAGCUCUCAAGAAGUCGAUGCUCGGUGCAAUAUUCUUGGGAUACCUAUUGGCUUGGCUCAAGCACAGAGCUCCUCGAGGCGCUAGAGCCUGGGGCAAAAUCUCUUAG